AUGGCGAGAAAGCGCAAGAGUCAGAUAUUUGAGCGUGAGGAAGAGCAACAACCACCACCCAAAAAGGCCCGGCCUACAGAGACAUCUCUCCCCGAAGGUGUGCAUCAUUACGAGGCUUUAGAAGAAGUCCCGUGGGAUCUCCAAAAAUACUGGCAACAAGGCUAUUCCAUAUUUUCGAAAUAUGAUGAUGGUAUCUGGAUGACCGAUGACGCUUGGUAUGGUGUUACCCACGAAUCUGUGGCCAACAAAAUCGCCCAACAUGUGGCCGAGACAGUUUCAAACUCCAAGUCAAUCAUCAUAGAUGCAUUCUGUGGUGUUGGCGGUAAUACCAUCGCAUUUGCCCUGUCUGGGAAAUGGAAGCGUGUCUAUGCCAUCGAGAAAGACGCUGCCACUUUGGCAUGUGCGAAACACAAUGCUGAAAUCUAUGGUGUAUCCGACAGAAUCACCUGGUUUCAUGGAGAUUGUUUUGAGAUUCUGGGUGUAGUCCAGAAGGAAAAGGUGACCGUGGACGCUCUCAAGGCCAUUGUGGGACAAUUCGGGGUGAUAUUUGCGAGUCCGCCGUGGGGAGGUCCUGGAUACCGAGACGCCGAGGUAUUCAAUCUCGAAUCGAUGGAGCCUUAUAGCUUCAGCCAUCUCUACAAGUCUUUCAAGGCAGUCACUUCGGACAUCAUAUUAUAUCUCCCGCGAACCAGUGAUCUACGGCAGAUAGCCAAGAUCGUUGAGGGUAGCAAGGACGCAGGAUCGAAGACGGAGGUGGUACAUUAUUGUACGAAUGGCACCAGCAGGGCUCUAUGUGUGUAUAUUGGGAACUGGUCCCGGUUGACUUUAUCAGAUGUGUGA